UCGAAAACUCUGGUCACGCUUUGUGGUCAUUCACGCCGGGCCGUUUCUCACGUUAUUCGGGUUGAACUUGCGGUUUUUAAUUUGAAAAAAGAAAAAUUUACAAUCGGUUAACCGAUUUUUGUGUAUUUUUUUUUAUUCCAAAAAAAAAGUUGUGCAUUUUCCUUCUUUUUUUUUGUUAAUAUUUUUCGUUGAUUUUCAGUUUCAACCUUUCGCGCAACCACGAGCAACUGGUGUUUACCGGGCAAGCAAAAACCGUUUACACCGCAAAAGGACUGAAGGUAUACAUCCUAGUGCGUCGCAGAUGUUAGAAGGUUUUCGGUGCAAUUAAAUUGUAAUUAUAGUUAGAAUGGGCAAACGGAAUUCGAAACUGAAGCAAGAUACGAUCGACAAACUAAUUGAAGAGACGUAUUUUUCGGAAAAAGAAAUCAGACAAUGGCACAAAGGAUUUCUGAAGGAUUGCCCCAACGGAUUGCUCACGGAACAAGGAUUCAUUAAAAUUUACAGACAGUUCUUCCCGCAAGGCGACCCGACGAAAUUCGCUUCGCUCGUUUUCAGAGUUUUUGACGAAAACAAAGAUGGUUCGAUAGAAUUCGAAGAGUUCAUCAAAGCAUUAUCAGUGACGUCUAGAGGGAAUUUAGACGAAAAAUUGCAAUGGGCUUUUCGACUGUACGACGUAGACAACGACGGUUUCAUAACAAGAGACGAGAUGUACAACAUAGUGGACGCGAUAUACCAGAUGGUGGGUCAGCAGCCCCAGGCCGAGGACGAGAAUACACCGCAAAAGAGAGUGGACAAAAUCUUUGACCAGAUGGACAAAAACCACGACGACAAACUUACUUUGGAAGAGUUCCGGGAAGGAAGCAAAGCGGACCCGAGAAUCGUGCAAGCCCUUUCCUUGGGAGGAGACCAUACUUCGUCUACUCCACAAGUACCGGCCACUUGAACAGGACCGUCGUACCGGGAUGAAUGUGUUCACAACAAUAAUAAUCUAUUAUAUCUUUAUGAUUUUUAUCAUUUUUUUUUAAAUAUAAUAUCCUUGUUAAAUAGGUACCUACCUGCAUCGUAUAAACCACCCGCCUAAUCAUAUACCUACGACGACUUUUUAAUUUUUAUAUUUUAUCGUUACAGUCCUAUUUUAUAAACGAUUUAUUAUAAUAUACACCUCAUACAAAACAAAAAAAUCAUGUGUAUUUCAUCAUAAUUAUAAUAAUCUAUCGCGCUUACCUAAUUAGAAAGUUUUAAAACACGUAACCAUUUUCAUGGAUGUGAAUAAUUAUUAAUAAUUUAUAAUUCAUAUUACUUUUCAAUCAAUCCAUAUUAUAUUUUCAUCCAAGCUGGGCAUCAAAGAGUUAUAAAUUCAAGUUAAAAACUACCUACUAUUAGGAUGUAAUAACUUACUACGGUUAGCUGUUUACUAACUUAACAAAUUACUUUUUAUUAUAGAAUUACCUAUUUCUCAAAACAGCAAUAAGUUAAUGAUAUAAAUACUCUCCACUGUAAAACUGUUUACAAUGUGAAAAUUCGGUGAUGAAACAAAUGUCUACCGUAAUAAUUACUUGAGAAUAGAGCUAAUAUAUUAUACGUUAUUGAUGUUAAAAAACAUUUUCAAACUAGAAGUAGUAAUUUUUUGUAAGAAAAUAUUUAGAAUGGGAUUUUAUACCGUAAUCUUAUGUUAGUAUUUUUUCAAAAUACUUUUAACUUAGUUACAUUACUUCUUAUUAAAAAAAAAACGAACUAGUUUGAAAAAUAAUUUAGUUUGUUUCGCCCAGCUUUGAGAUUAUUAUUACCUGCGUAAUGCGUUUGUUAUAUUAUAUACCUACAAUUAUAAUUAUAUUAAUUAUGAUUACAAACUACUAUUGUUAAAAUACAUACUGUAAAUAAAAUAUACAUAUUAAUAAAACUAUUAGUUUUAGUAAAAUAUAUCACAAUUACACGUAAACAUUGAAAACAAAAAAAUGUAUUACUUUAUUAACUUGAUAAAUUUCUAGUCGUUUAUUUAGACAAAAAUGCUUACCUGUUAUAAUUUGAAUUACCUAUGUUAAUACAAAAUGUAUUCUUUUUACCAAGUAGAAGCCUACAUAAUAUGGAUAUUGCGUAGGUACAUCGAAUCGCUCAAUACUCGCUUUCAUUUCGUUGUAUUUUAACUUUUACUCCAUUAUUGUUAUUAACAAAAAUGAAUUCCCUGUAGGCAAACUAAUUUUAAUAUUUUUUUAAUAAUAUCAGAAUAUUUUAUAAACAUUUUUUACCCAGAAUUUCGUAUCAGGCGUGUACAUUUUUCUUGACAUUCAUCGCACGCUUUUUGAUACUUAUUUGCAUUACAUAAUAAAUAUUAUCAAUUGAAUGGUAUUUCUUAAUACCUAUACCUAAUUAUUCCAUAAAAAAAUUAUCGUAAAGUUAAUAUUAACGUUAUAAAAAUUGAAAAUUAUUUUGAUAGACAAUGUGGUCUUUUUUUCAAUGCCUUCCUCAAAAUAAUUAUUAAAUAAAAACUACAUUAUUGACUUAAUUUAUAAUUAAUCAUCUUACCGACCUAAUAUUAUGUUAUUAUAGGCAUAUGUAAAUAUAAUAAUUAUACAUAUGUAUUUACUAAAAAAAAAAUAUUUACAUUUUCACAUUGUUAUUAUGCUGUAUAUUAUAAUAU